GUUAAUUUAUAGCACCUAACUUUACCGCAAGAGCACGUUUGAUUUAACAUUAGCAGCAUGCAAGCUCUCAUUUGAUUACACUGUAGUACUUGAAGUGGGAGUAAUAAAGAGUGUGUUCUUUUUUCGACGAAUCAUCAUGAAUUACGCUCGGUUUCUGACAGCUGUCAGCGCAGCCAGAAAGCCCUCACCCAUCAGGAUGCUCACUGAGCUGCAGCAGCGCUCACCUCCGUCCCUGAUCUCUCUGGCCGGGGGAGCACCCAACCCCAACACCUUCCCCUUCCAGUCAGCAACCAUUAAGGUGACGAAUGGAGAGUCUGUUACAUUUGAUGAGACGGUGAUGAAGAGGGCUCUUCAGUACUCGGCUUCUAACGGAAUCCCGGAGCUGCUGACGUGGAUGAAGAACCUGCAGAAGAACCUCCACAAUCCACCAACCGCCAGCUACACGCCUGAAAACGGCCAGAUGGACAUGUGUGUGACCACAGGGAGCCAGGAGGGGCUCUGUAAGGUGUUUGAGAUGCUGGUCAAGCCUGGGGACAACGUUCUUCUGGAUGCACCCACAUAUUCAGGAACACUUGCAGCACUCCAGCCACUUGGCUGCAACUUAAUCAACGUUACCAGCGAUCAGCACGGCAUGAUACCUGCAGCCCUGAAGGAGGUUUUGUCUCGGUGGGAUCCCUCAGAGGUCCACAAGCCUGGCAGUGAUGCUCCUAAGAUCCUCUACACCAUACCCAAUGGGGGAAACCCUACAGGAGCCUCCAUGACGGUUCAGAGGAAGCAGGAAGUGUAUGAGCUGGCCCGGAAGUAUGACAUGCUCAUUAUCGAGGAUGAUCCUUACUACUUCUUGCAGUUUGAAAAGCCAUGGGCUCCCACCUUUCUCUCCAUAGAUGUUGACGGAAGAAUCAUCAGGACAGAUUCGUUUUCUAAGAUAUUGUCUUCAGGGCUGAGGAUCGGUUUUGUGACCGGACCCAAACCUCUGGUUGACAGGGUGGUUCUGCACAUCCAGGCCUCCACCAUGCACACAAGCACCUUCACACAGCUCAUGGUGUCUCAGCUGCUGCACAGCUGGGGGCAGGAGGGUUUCCUCCAACACAUAGACAGGGUGAUUGAGUUUUACAGAACACAGCGUGAUGCCAUGAUCAGCUCUGCAGACAAGUGGCUCAAAGAUCUGGCAGACUGGCACUCCCCGUCUGCAGGCAUGUUCCUGUGGAUGAAACUCAGAGGCAUAGCCGACACCCAGCAGCUCAUUAUGGAGAAAGCCUUGGAGAAAGAGGUGUUGCUGGUUCCUGGAGGAGUCUUCAUGAUCAACAGUAGUGACCCCUGUCCUUAUGUCAGAGCGGCCUUUUCUCUCUCCACACCAGAGCAGAUAGAUGAGGCUUUCAGAAGACUCUCAGCUCUCAUCAAAGAUGCUUUAUGAUCAAAAACUCAUCUCUCUAAAAGAUGCUGAAUUUUUGAAGUAGUUGGAGCCAUUAUGUUGAAAUGUAAAAUAAAAUUUUAAUCUAUUUUA